ACAGACAAUGUAGAAAUAUUCCAGAAAACGCCAGAGGAAGAAAUGAUCGAGAUUAAAAAAAUGGUUGAUUUAUUUUUAAACCAAAAUUCAAUAGUAUCUAUGAAUGAAAAUAAAGAAUUAAACCGCUCAGAAACGUUUGAUAAAAAGGGUUCUAAUAUUUUACUUUCAUUAAGCGACAUAGAUGAGCUUGAAAAAAAAAUUAUAUAA